ACCCAAGCUCAGAGAUCUCAGAUAUCCCACCCAAUCCCAGGCUGGGGAUGGGAGGAGGUCGGUGAGGUCGCAGUCCUGACUCCUCGCACCAGGCGGUGCCCGAGAAGAUCCGGCCCCGGACGAGGCCCAGGGGGCUGGAGGGACGCAAGCGGGAGCGCGGAGCCCGGCGGCUAGCUCCCUCGCGUGCCGCAGCGGCGACCCUUUCUACUUGGUCUUUCCUUUUCCUCCGAGCGCCGGGAGAAGGAAGCUCCCGCUAGCGUCUCCCACUUCCCGCGGCUGGAGGAAGGGGCCACGCUGAGGGAACAAGACAGGGAGCAGAGGCGGCGGGGUUCAGGCGAGCGGGAAGCGGGAAGCGAGAGGCGGGUGUGAGAUGGGGUCCUGAGGCUGGAAGGGAGCCCGGGGACAACUGGAGUUGCACACGCUCGGAAGGCGGGAGGCGGCAAGGAGAAGGCUGCCUUAGAGGCUGGGACCCGGGCUGUCCGCCAGGGCGGGGAGACACUGGAGGAGGCCGGCCGAUGAUUACGCGCGAUGCCAACGACGACUGCCCCACGGUGGACCGCGGCUGCCCGUGUGCGGAGGAAAGGGAGAGGCGGCUGGGUGCCGGCUGCGCUGCGGUCCGUGAGCCAGGACGGAGUCCCAGGCUGUACAGUGAUGGGCGGAGAGACUCGCAGUCCUGAGAACGCAGUGGACUUCACUGGAAGAUGCUAUUUCACCAAAAUCUGCAAAUGUAAACUGAAGGACAUCGCAUGUUUAAAAUGUGGGAACAUUGUAGGUUAUCAUGUGAUUGUUCCAUGUAGUUCCUGUCUUCUUUCCUGCAACAACGGACACUUCUGGAUGUUUCACAGCCAGGCAGUUUAUGAUAUUAACAGACUAGACUCCACAGGUGUAAACGUCCUACUUUGGGGCAACUUGCCAGAGAUAGAAGAGAGUACAGAUGAAGAUGUGUUAAAUAUCUCAGCAGAGGAGUGUAUUAGAUAAAUGGAAUUAUGAUAUAUAUGAUAUACAAACUUUUUUCUAUUUAAAAAUAUAUUAAUGGAUCAACUUUAAAAUUGUUAGUUGCCAGUGAUCUUUUUUGGAAAACAAAAAUGGGGCAUUUGUUGAUUUAUUUAUUUUCCGUCUCUAAUUAGUUACCUCAGUUUGAUUGAAGCCAGUGGAGUUGUGCUUUUCCUCUACUUCUACUUCCUCUCCCCCACCUUUUUCUGCCCAGUGUAGGUGUAUUCUUAAAUUCAGACAGGGGAAGAUUCUUUCACAUAUCACUCAGUUACCUCCCAAUCUGGGGGAGUUUUUCUUACAACUUGAUACCAGAUACCAUUAAUUUUACAUUCCUGAAUAAAGGCCUAGUACCCACGCAUAUUUCAACCAUGCAUAUAUCAAGCUCAACCGAGUUUUAAUAGGGGAUUAAAAAAACAAGCUGUUAGGUUUCCAUGGGCACUGGUUCUCAUAGGUUCUAUUGGUGAUAACUGCUUUAACAUGGAGCAAGAGUUUGUGAAUCAGGAAAUAGAAUAAAUUAAAAUUUAAAAUAUAUGGAGGAAUCCUCUUGAUUGCUCAGCAUGAUGCUAGAUAAAUGAGUUUGUCAGAAAAUAUCAGUAUACGCUGUUUACCAAUGUUAUUUAUUUACAUUCUUCUAAAGCCAUUAUGGAUAUUGUAUUAUGAGAGCUAAACCUAAAUAAGUUAUCCUGUUCCCUAGGACUUUCUCUGUAAAUAGUGAAUUUUAGACGAGUAGUCUGUCCUAAAUCUUAAAUAGAAAAAAAACUAAAGCGAUUUGCUUAAGCCAUUGUACAUUAUAAAGAGCUGUUUUGUUUUGUUUUGUUUUGCUUUGUUUUGUUUUUUUAAAGCUGCGCUCAGAGCCACAAAGGAAUAGGAAAGUAGGGUAGUGUUGGAUUCUGGUUUUAUGUAAAGCUAAAAUAAAUGUAUCUCUUUAAUAUCUCAGUUGUAGGGAUUUUGUCAAUACCAAAGCAGACUGAGUUGUGGUUUUGUAAAUAAAGUUUUUUCUAAAAAUGA